AUGGAGAAGCACACAUCUUGCAUUAUUUUCUUCGCCUUGGCUCUUUUGUCGGGUCAGCAAUUGCACAAUGGUGCGUGGGCUCAGCGGAGCUUUCGAAACCGAGGACCGUCGGUCACUUCGUCAUCUUUUAUCACCAGCGGCAACAGCUACACGCCUUUUCGAAGGGGUUCAGCUCUUUCACCAUCCACCGCUUACACAAGUUUUGGCUCGAGCAGUGGGACCAGCUAUUCUCCUGUCAGUGCCGAUGGCACCUCCGUCUUCGCCUACGGGGACUCAACGUACGAGCCGCACACAUUCGGAAGCCGUUUCACGUCUACACCCAGCAGUUUUGGGUCGUCUUCCAUGCCUGUAAGCGAGUCCGAUGUGGGCUCCGUCUCUGCUUUCAGUUCUUCAUCUGGCAGCACGUAUGUUCCAAGAAGCUUCACGGGAUCCAGCAUCGCCGCCUCAGAUAGCUACGCUGUCAGCGGCAGUGGGCGAAGGGGAAGAAAUGGGAGUUCAUUUGUAUUGUCCAACGACCGUCCGUCGUCUAUCGUCAGCAGCACUGACGCGUUCGCUCCUUUCAGCGGUUCCUUCUCCGUUGGUAGCAAUGAUUUUGGAUCUUCUUAUGCCCCUCGCCGUAGCAGUCCCACCGUGAUGUCACCAAGUGCCAUGUCCAGCUCUUCGUUCGCGUCGACGUUCCACCACGUGGACGACACGGGCGCAUUUGUUUCCACCUAUGCCCCCAACUCGUUCAACAGCGGGAUGGGAGUGUCUGAAUCGUUCACCGGCUUAGAGGUGCGGCCAGUUCCUGCUGGGGAUGAGACUGCGGCUCGAACUACAGGAGGUGCGUCAAGACAUGGCUCUUCGGCCGCAUCGCAGAUGGCGGCUCCUGGAUCACCGACCACGGGAUCCUCGAAUGGAUCAGUCAGCAGACCAUCCGGGGGGACAACGACAACUACGGCGGCACCGACUGCUCCUGCCGGCAGCCAGGGUUCAGCUAACACCGACAGCUCGAGUUUCGAAGGGGCAAGGGAGAUGCCGGGAGACGUCAUUGUGGAGGAACGGGAUGGCGAGUUCAUCUAUUUCUUCGUUGAAGAGGACGGCCGACGCACGCAGCUCGAGAAUGCACCGCCCUUGGAGGAAAUGGAGCCUGAUAGCUUCUUUACCGAGCAAUACUUGCUGGAUAAACCCAUCAAGCUACUGGAUCACGAACAGCAGGAGCGGAUGUAUAAGGCACGAACGGAGAAGCCUACGAACGCGACGAGAAUUAGUUUAACUAGUCCAACAGGAGAAACAAACACACUCUCCACGCGGGAAGAGAGGCAAGAUGGCGCCGGGCUCAUGGCGCUUCCACCUCGUCAGCGGGAGCUAGGCCUUCUUUGA